AUGGCACAAAACUUUCUACCAAAAAGAGUCACCAGUUUAUUCUUAGUAUUGGUUGUAGCCACCGCCAUAUAUUUAGCAAAAGCUGCCGACCACAACCUUAAAGAAACAAAUCUAUCCUUGUACUUCCAAGACAUCUCAGCCUUUAGCGCCGCCAAUGCCACGGUCAUCCCAGUUGCAGGUAUUGCCGGCAAGGCUUGGACAUUCACCCAAUUUGGAACCGUCUUUGUCACCGAUGACUUUAUCACCGAAAGCGCAGAUCCAAAUUCGCCUGAAGUUGGCCGUGCCCAAGGCAUGUACGUGACGGCGGGGUUGGACGGGUUGAAUUCACUUGUGAUGAUAUCAAUAGUGUUCACAAAUAAGGAAUACAGUGGAAGCACGUUGGAAAUACAAGGUGUUAGCAAGCAAUUUGAGGCAGUUAGAGAGGUUUCAGUGGUGGGUGGGACAGGGAAAUUCCGGUUUGCUAGGGGCUAUGUGACUUUUGAGACAUAUUCGUUCCAUGUUCCAACCCACCACGCUGUUAUUCGGUGCAACAUGACAGUGCAACAUUACUAG